AUGUUUCGUGGCAGAUCGCUCCAAGUGGCACAAUUGCUCCUCACUGUAGCACCUGCCUUCAUCACAUAUGGAUAUAAUCAAGCGGGCGUAGCUCCGCUCGCAUCUCUGCAGUCAUGGGUCUCUAUAUUCCCCGAGAUUGACACAAUCAAUACUGAAGGAGCAAUCAAAGAGAGAAACUCCACUAGAAAAGGAGCAGUUAUUGCAGCUCUACAAAUGGGAGCUCUGCUCGGAGCUCUCAGCUGUGCAUACUUCGGUGAUCGCCUUGGUCGACGCAAGACCAUUUUCAUGGCUGCUUUGAUUACAAUCAUCGGAGAACUGCUUCAGGUUUCUUCGUACGGGAUCAUUCAAUUUACCCUGGGUCGGGUAAUUGUUGGAAUUGGAAUCGGGCAAUUGAGCGCCACUGUUCCGGUGUGGCAGGCAGAAUGCAGUUCUGCAAAGCAUCGUGGACAGCAUGUGGUUGUUGAUGGGAUUUGCAUGGUGCUCGGUUUUGUGAUUACCAACUGGGUUGAUUAUGGAUUCAGCAAAACAACCGGUGAGAUUCAAUGGCGGGUUCCGUUGGCGCUUUCGUUCCUCUUUCCCUUGACUGUUGCGGCGUCUAUCUUUUUUCUGCCCGAGUCGCCUCGAUGGCUUGUGAUGGUUAAUCGGAUCAACGAUGCCGCACAGACUCUUGCAGAGUAUAGGGGUCUCCCAGUUGAUGAUGAAGCCGUGCAGACGGAGAUUGCCAGUAUUGAAUCAUCGUUGGAACUCACUGCGCAGUCGGAGAGCGUCACAUUACGAACACUGUUUGUGGGAGACGACGACGAACGCCUGUUAUAUCGAUUCGCACUUUGUCUGGCCAUUCAAUUCUUCCAGCAGAUGUGCGGCGGAAACCUGAUAUCGACAUAUAUUUCGACAAUCUUCGAAGAAAACCUCGGCUUGGGCUCUGAAUUAUCUCGAAUCCUCGGUGCAAGCGCCCUAACAUGGAAAUUCAUCUGCAACUUCAUUCCGUUCUUCGCAAUUGACCGACUAGGCCGUCGAAAAGUCUUCAUAGUCAGCGGAGCAGGCAUGUGUCUCUGCAUGACUGUGUUGGCCAUCACAACCAGCUUCGAAAAUGCCUCCCGUGGACUGUCUAUAGUCUCCGUAGCCUUUAUCUGGCUAUUCAACAUGUUCUACCCGAUUGGAUUCUCCGGUGCAAACUUCCUUUACUGCACGGAGGUUGCUCCUAUGCGUUUACGCGUUGCCAUGUCCUCUGUAUCGACUGCAAACAAAUGGCUUUGGAACUUUGUUGUUGUUAUGAUUACACCUGUGGCGUUGGAUACUAUCGGGUGGAGAUAUUAUAUUGUCUAUGCUGUGAUUUCGGCUUGCAUUCCUGUUACGGUUUACCUGUUUUACCCAGAGACAAUGGGUCGCAACCUUGAGGCUUUGAAUAAUGUGUUCCGUGAUGCGCCUUCUGCUUGGCACAUUGUGUCAAUGGCGAAACGGCUUCCUGAGGGAGAUGUGCCGGAUUUGGUUGUUGAGGGAGAGGAGAAGAUGACGGUUGAGAUGAAGGAGCAUGCUUAG